AUGGGUUCCAUCACGAUGAUACGUCUCCUCGUCGCCUACCUUGUUCUGGUCCUCGCUUCUGUGGCUAUGGCAAUGCCCACAUCUCUCCUGGCCACGGCCACCGCCCGCACCACCCUAUGCCCAGACGACCGCGUCCUGGAACCCCUGCCGGCCAACCGUACUUUGGCCGAGCAGAUGAACAUACAAGCAACAGACGACGGAAUCCUGCCCGAAUGCUACAAAAAAUGCAUGAAAAGCGAAGAUGGAAAGGCGAAUGUAACCCUUUCCAGUUUAACCGUCGAGGCCUGGUGCUACAACAGCGUCGACUUUGUCAACUCCCAGGCCUGGCUCAACAACUACGUGCUCCCCUGCGUCAAAUACGAGUGCGCAGACAACCUGAGCGGAAAGGCCCGCCGCGCUCGCGCAUGGUGGAGGGAUACCUGCGGGUCCUGGGAUAGGAAAAGCACGCCAGAGAUAGAUGCGGGUUGUGGAAAAGCCCAAGAGGAAGAGACAGAGGAAGAGAAGGGGAAAAAGAAGCAGGAAAAGGUGAAGGAAAAGAUAGAGGAAGAUGAGGAGGAGGAGUCUGGCUAUGGUUUAGGUUAUGGAUAUGGCAUUUGA